AUGAUCCUCAAGACAGUUUCAGUAAUUAUUAUUUUUUGGUUAUUAUUUCCUCUACAGUGCCUCGUCCUAUUUGCGUUGACUGAACGUGUUUUAAGUUCAACAGUGCAGGUGAGAACCAAGCCUACUGACACAUGGACCGAUCCAUAUACUCGUGAAAAUUUGUUAUGUGAGAUGUGCGGGCCUGGUACAGUUGUGCUAACACGAUGCACCGCCACACACGGUGGGGUGAUAUCAGGUACGUUUAAUAUUUCUAAUAUUAAUUUUGAAGAAGUGUCUCGACCCCGAAACACCACCCAUUCCUUCUCUCCAGAGAUGCUGUCUGUCCUGCUGAGUUACUCCAGCUUUUUGUGUUUAACUGAUCCGAUGGACUUGUGUUUUCCAGGAACCCAUUAUCGCGAUUCAACGUGUGAAAUAUGUCCCAGGGGAUAUUUCUCUCCCACACUCUCGAGUACGGAUCGCUGUAUUGCACACACAAACUGCACUGAUGGUCUAGUGGUCAAUGUUCCAGGCAAUCUUUACCACGACACCCUGUGUACCUCCUGCAGUACAUAUGUUGGAAUUACAGCAUGUGAUGACGCACUUAUUCAGUUUCUGGCACAUCAGAAGAUCGCAAAAAGAAAACUCAAAACGUUUAUCCGUUCCCUUGUUACUACUGAAAAUGUUGAGCAAUUACAUGCGGAAAUGUCAAACGGGAACAGGGAUAUGAUGUAUACAAAGUUAUAUCCUCUUCUGGUGAAAUGGAGAGCAAGUGUCAACAGGACGCAUGUUGCAGAGAUGAUAAUCUCAAAACUUGAAAGUGCAAAGUUGAAGAAUGUCGUAACAAGGAUAAAAAAUCGUUUUUGGUGAAGUGUCAGCUGAGGUCACCUUUAAUCAUUUGCCCUGAAUGGUCCCCAAAAGACUUGUGUUUAAGGACAAGGUAUUAGUCAAUAGCAUUUCAAAAGAGGGUAUUUAUUUUAUUCCAGGUUGUAGUUUGUUUAUUGGCCAUUGCGGGAUGCAAGGGAGAGAGAGACAAAACAAACUUGGUUUCCCACUUUUGCUGCCCAGUCCAUCAUCGGCUCCGAUCCCCCCACCAUCGAGGGGGUCUACCACAGUCGCUGCCUCAAAAAGGCUGGCAGCAUCAUCAAGGACCCAGACCAUCUUGGCCACACAUUCAUCUCUCCGCUGCCUUCAGUUAGAAGGUACAGGAGCCUGAAACCUGCAACAACCAGGUUCAGGAAUAGCUACUUCCCCACAGCCAUCAGACUAUUAAACUCAACUCAAAUAAAAUCUGAACUUUAAUUAGCCUACUGCACUUUAUAUGUUUAUUUAUGUGUGUAUAUAUAUAGAUUCUAUUGUAUAUGGUCACACUGAUCUGUUCUGUAUUAUUUAUUCCUGCAAUAUUCUGUUGUGCUGAAGCAAAGCAA